AUGGACGAUGUGUUUACAAUUUUUAAAAAAAGAAACAAAAAUAAAAAAAGAGCAUCAACAGGAAAUGGAAAAGAAAAUAUAAAUGAUAAAAAAUCAUUAUUUAAUUUAGAUCGAAAAAAUCCAAGACGAGCACAUAAUGCAGAAGAUGGAUUAAAUUAUAAUGGAAGUGACAUAAAUAAUAAACAGGAUAAAAAAGGGAAUAAUCCUAAUAAUAAUGAAAAUUAUAUAGUAGUUGAUUUUCCAUCAUUACCUUAUAAAAAUACAGAAGCAUGUAUAUCAUUUUAUUAUAUAGAAUAUUUAAGGAAUCAAAUAUUAUAUGGAAAUAAAAAUUUAAGAAUUGAUGAAAAUACAAAAAUAAUGGCAGAAGAAUUACUUGAUAAAAUUGAGACUACAAUAUAUGAGUUAGAAAAUAGUUCCGAAAAUUUAGAAGACAGUUAUAAAAUAGAAAUUAAAACUAUUAUAUUUAAAGCAAUAUAUGAUAGGUACUAUAAAAUAUAUACUACUUUAAUUGCUUUUUCAGAUUCAGCACCACAACCUAAUAAUUUAUAUGAAUAUAUAUUAAAUAAUGGGGUAUAUAUAAGAUCAAAAAGGAACAAUGAUUUUAAUUGUAGAGAAAAUAUACAUAAUGUAUAUUCAUAUUUAGAUAAUAUUGAAAUAGGUAAUAAUGAUUUAUCAUAUAACCUUGAAAAUAUAUAUAUUGAAAGUAUUGAUAUAAGUAGACCUACUAUUAUAAAUAAAACAUUAAUUAAUACAGAUAUUGAAGUUGAAUAUUUACCAUUAAAAUUUAACUGUUCAUAUUGUUAUAAAAAUUUACAAUAUGCUAAAUUAUUUUUAAAUAAUGCUAUAAAUAUGUCUCUCUAUGAAAAGGCAUUGGGAGAGUUAAUUGUUGCCAAGGCCUUGGUGGAUAUCCCUUCCGUUCCCGUGGAAUUUGUUGAGGGAUUUGAUGUGAAAGAAAUGAAAGCAGGUGAAAGACAGUGGAUUCCAAUAUAUCUUGGGAUUGCCCUAUCAGCAUUUACCUAUGUUGAUGUUGAAUUUCCAUUUUGGUUUUAUAUAAAAAAUUUUGUAAAUAUUAAAGAGGAAGAAUAUAAAAACCCUGAUGAAUUAUUUGAGUUACCAUCCCCUUAUUUUUUUGAAAUAUGUUACAUGUUUGUUGAUCAAAAAGUUUUUUCAAAGUCUACUCCUAUUGAAACAGUAGGGAAAAAAAGUUAUUUCCGAUAUAUGGAAAAGGUAGCAGGAUAUGUAGAAGAUAUUAAACAUUGUCGAAGGGAAAAAAUAAUAAGAAGACUGGAAGAGCAAAAUGUACAUACCAAUCAUAUUUACAUAAAAAAUUUACAAUUAUCUGAAACAUAUAUAAUUAAUUUGUCUUUAUAUAGUUUUUGGAAAUAUGAUAAAAAUUUAAAUGACAAUAAUAAUUCAAUUGAUUUUACAUCCUAUUUACUUGAACCAUUCAUAAAAGAACUUAAAACUGAGGAAGAUGAUGAUGAAAAUAUUCUACAAGAUUUAUAA